AGUUAUGAUGGUUAAGGAUGAUGUAAAAAUAUUCUUAAUCUAUCUUAGAAAAUUAUGAGAGUUGCUCUCAAUAACCCAGUAUGUACUGGUUUGUAAGAGAAAGUUGCAUUCAGUAGAAGAUUAAAUAAUAAAUUUAGAUUGAUUGGUUGGGGUAUUAUUACAGAUGGAAAAACAAUCACAUUAUGA